ACCGACUCUCUCUUUCCAGUUUACUUUGCUUUGCCGCCGGCUGCACUCUUCCUUUGCUUGUUUGUCCAGAUCUGCUCGGUGGUCCCCCCGGAGACUCUUCUUGCUUCACAGAUCAACUUGGCUUGUGGCCGGUACUCACUCCCAGGCAGCCUUUCCUUGCUCAAGUUGCUUCCAUGGCCAGUGACCGAGAAGAGCAAACCAUGCCCACCGGAUCUGCUUCCAUGGCCGGUUUAAAGGCCACUCCUUGCUUGAGGUCACCUCCACCAGAUUUGAUUAAACUCUUCCAAGACCAAAAUCUUCAAGAUGAUAUAAACAGGAUACUCCAAAAACAGAAGCCAUGCCAUUCAAACCAAACUUCUGUUCUGCACAAAAAAUCUCAGAUUUUGGGCCCUUAUUUUGUGUCUCAGCCGCCAGCUUCUCUUGCCUCCAUUUACCCACAGCCCAAAGAACAUUUCCUCCCCUUCCAGGUAAAACCUGACUGGAAUAAAUGGAUUGGCUCUUUUGGUGCUUGGCCAGUUUGGAGAAAAUCAGAAUGGACUGACUGGAUAAACCGUUUGGAACCUGCUUUUGGUCAAAUUUGGAGAGAUGUAGGCUUGUUUGAAUUUAUACAACUCACCAAAUGCAGAUUCCCCAUGGACAAGCCGGUCUUGGGUGCGGCUUUGUUAUUCUGGUCUGGCUCUUUCAAUUGUUUCCAUUUUCCUUGUGGAGCCAUGUCUGUGAGCCUUUUUGAUGUCAGCUCGUUAACCGGAUUGCCCUGUACUGGAGAAGAAAUUUCAGCAUUGUUAACCCUGCCUCCAGGCAUUGAGUACAAUGUAGAAUUGAAGCCCUCUUAUCCAGCUUUCGUGAAGUCUGCCUAUGAUAAAAGUAAGCCUGUUAGUGCUGAUGAGCAUAUUUCAUUUUUGCUUACUUUGAUUGGCAAAUAUAUAGUCUGCUCUGCUGGUAAAGGUCCCACUAAAGAGUUUAUUCCCUUAGCGGUUGCUUUAGCACAUGGCAAACAAAUGGCUCUGGGUCCUUUUUUGCUUGCUCAUUUAUACAGGAGUUGCCAAGACAUCGCGGCUCAACCCUUAGUCAUUAGUGGUGGGCCGCUUUGGGUUUUGCAGCUGUGGUUGUAUUCUUAUUUCCCAACCCUCGCUCCUGUCUCAUCCGCUAUUCCAGCCCGGGAUCUAUUUACUUACGGCUUCAUGUUCAAGACUGCCGUGGAAAACAAGAGAAGCUUUGAAGAGUGCUUCAAGUUUUUUGCUUCUCUUUCUGUUGAUCGUCCCGAUGCAGACUUUGCUAAGAAAGAAGAAUUCUUGGCAGCAAAGGAGGCUCAUGUCACGCAAAUUACACAUGUCCAAGGGCUCAAAGAAAAAAUCUCUAACCUUGAAGCCGAGCUUUCGGAAUUGAAAAACCAAGUCCCUCUUGCGGAGCAAUCUGAAAAGCAUUUGGCAGAACAGAGAAACAAGCUCCGCAUGGACAUGGAAGCUGGAUUGAAAUCUACAGCCAAGAUCAAGGAGCAGCUACCUUCCUUCACAGCCUCUGCAGACGAAGCCGCAGAAGAGAUAAAGACGAUGAAAGAAGAAUGGAGCUCAUGGUAAAACAACCUUGGUUGAUUUUCUCUUAUGUAUCUCCUUAUCUCUUUGUUGGCUGGAAUUGCACAUUGUCAUGUUUGAACAUAUUGUUUGUGGCCUAUUGGCCAUGCGAACUUCUCUUCAAUGUUGAUUUCUUUUUUGGCUCAUAUUCUGGAAAUCUGCUUGCUGUACUUUUGUUCAUACUCUGGUACAGGUUGAAAUCUGUCA